UUAGUAUUUUUGCACUUCAACAAAUUAAUGACCAUGAGUUCGUUUUUGAUAAACUCCAACUACAUCGAGCCCAAAUUCCCGCCCUGCGAGGAGUAUUCGCAGCACAGCAGCGCCAGCAGCAGCAGCAGCACCUACCACCACCACCAGCAGCAGCCGCACCUGCACCAGCACCCAGCGCACCCGGGCCAGUCUCUCCCCGACUACUACCAGCGGCCCAGCAGAGACCCUGGAUACCAGCCACCACCGCCACCUCCUCCUCCUCCUCCCGAGGCGCUCUACCCCGCGCAGCCACCCGGCUACUCCGAGGCGCCCUACAGCUACAGCAGCACCAGCGCCACCCCGGGCCAGGAGCAGCCACCUCCGGGUGCCUCUCCUCCACCGCCUCCUCCACCGAAGGGGCACCAUGUCCAGUCCCAGCCCCUGCUCCAAAGCCACGUCCUGCAGCACCAGCGCCACUGCGAAGCGGCCCCCGUCGCAGGGGCCGGGGCCGUGGCCAGCCCAGGGUGCCCCCUCCUGCCUGACAAGAGCCUGCCUGGCCUCAAAGGCAAAGAGCCCGUGGUCUACCCCUGGAUGAAGAAGAUCCAUGUGAGCACUGUCAAUCCCAAUUACACUGGAGGGGAACCCAAGAGGUCUCGAACUGCCUACACCAGACAACAAGUCUUAGAGCUGGAGAAGGAGUUCCAUUUUAACCGUUACCUGACCAGGAGGCGACGCAUUGAGAUAGCACAUACACUUUGUCUCUCGGAGCGCCAGGUCAAGAUUUGGUUUCAGAACAGGAGGAUGAAAUGGAAGAAAGAUCACAAACUGCCUAACACUAAGAUGCGCUCCUCAAAUCCAUCUACUGCUAGUCAGCAAGCCAAAGCACAGACACAGGGCCACCACCAUCAACUCGAUGGGUCAACACCCAACUCAUCAGCCCUUUAAUGAUUUUUAUAUUUGUUUUUUUCAGUUGCCUAUUUUUGUUGUUGACCAUUUGGACCAAAACAACUGUAUACAGAAUCAGAAGAAAUGUGCCCUGUACAGGGUACAUGUUGAAACCAAAACAUGGACAAAUUGUCUACACUGUACAGACAUAAUGGUUCCAUUCCCAUCAUUCUUUCGUAUUUAUGAAAAUACGCUGUACUUUCCGUGUCACAGAGCGCUGGAUGCUGUAAUGGAUGAAUUCUGUACCCAAGAAGGACUCUUUUGUACAUAACACUUUAAAAAUAAAAUACAGUUAAAAUAAUAAUUCGUGAAACAAUUGUGUAAGACAUUGACUUGAGUUGUGUUGUUUGGUGCAAUGUUCGUGGAUUCUCCAGUAUACGCAGACAGAAGAAACCAAAUUUUAUGUCAUGGAGAUUUUAUAAAAACUGUCCCAUUACAGUCUGACAGGCAAUGUUUAAUGUAACAAGAGUUAUUUAAUUGUUUUUAAGCGUAGCCACUGCUGUAGUUGUGAUAUAAUCGUUUUCCCCAUGUCUCCUAUUGCAGUUAUUUAAAAAUAUUAAAGGCUGUUGCUGUCUUCAUAUCUGGCACGUCUAACUGUUUCGGUCUGUGUACAAUUUGUGAAUUUUGGUGUGAUGUAUAUAUUGCCAAUACUGGUAAUAAAGAAUACUCUGUACAAAAAAAAAUAAAUUAAAGGCUUCAAACACAA